CUCGCCGCCCCGCGCCUGCUCUGUGCCAAGCCCACGCCACCGGCAGAGAAAGCCGGGUAUUGCUCUCGGCAGCCGCCCCUCGGCGGGGUGUUCGACGAGGAGCACUGCAGCGCCUGCCUCAAGGACCAGUCCUGCUCCAACUGCUCCAGCGAUGCCGACUGCCCCGGCGAGGCCAAGUGCUGCCCGGGCGACUGCGGCUUCACCUGCCAGGCCCCCGUGAAGGACUUCUGCCACCUGCCCUCUGUGUGCGGCAGCUGCAAGGCGCUCUUCGUCCGCUUCUUCUACAACUCCUCCAGCCGGGCCUGCGAGGAGUUUGUCUACGGCGGCUGUGGCGGCAACAAGAACAACUUUGAGACCAAGGAGGACUGCUCCCAGGCCUGCCAGCACCUGGACGCUGCUUAGCCUGUCCAGAGCAGGGAGGGGAGGAGGAAGCCGCCCUCCCGGGUGACCACUGCGCUAGGCAAGACUCGCAGCCCCCCCCGGGGCCGAUACGGCGGUCCCUGCCUGGCCGGCGUCCCAGGUCUCGUUCUUCCGGACUCUGCAACGAGGUUUCACCAGUGGCUGCUGCACUGCCAGGCCCAGCCCCAGCCCCAGCCCCAGCCCCGAGGCGCUGGCUCCCUGCCCGUUCUAUAGCUAUGAAGGUCUCUGCGCGGCGCAGCCGUGCUCCGCACAGGGAGGCACCUGCCCAGCAAGGGGAGCGGGACCCUGCCCGCGACCAGGGCACUCUGUGCUGCUGGCUGCAGCCCGGGCACGGGCACGCACGGUGCCAGCCUGGCCCCCUUCCCCGCAGAGGGCCCAAGCUGCUAAAUAUACGGACAGGACGUGCCAAACCCUGCUCUGGGCCUUGUCGCUGCAGCCUGCGGGGAGAUCCCCCAGCCCGUGGGGAAGGGGGCAGCAGCCAGGUGCUCGCCUGCCUUUGCCUGGGCUCUGCCCCUGCUGCUGGGGCUCCAGAGCUGGUGGUGGGGACAGGUCAGCCCCGGCCUCUUCCCCUGCGAAGCCCCGAUCACGACAGACCUGACGCUAUGCCAGCGUGACGCCUCUGCCAGCUGCGGUGCAGCCGGUGCUACGCGCUCUCACGAGAGCACGUAGCUUCCCUUGAGGCCCCGGUGCUCAGGGUGCGACGGAGGUGAGACACCCUUGGCUUUCUUCUUGAAGAAGGACAUUUCCAGCCCCCCGACUGGAGAGAAAAGCCCCUGGCCUGUGCUAUAAGAUGGGCAGCCCACCGGCAAAUGCAGAGCCCAGCUGGACUGGGGCAUCUGUGAGGUCUUGGGGCCAGUUCUGCAUUGGAAACCUCCCUCAGCUGCUCUCAGGCCAGCUGGACCCGGAGCUUGGCCAGGGCAGGCCACUGGCUGGAGACAGGGAGCCCUGACCUGCAGUCUCAGCUGUGCCACUGACUGCUCUGCGCCCUUGGUCCUGCCACUUUGCUGCUCCAUGCUCCCUCCGACUGGAAGCCGCCUGGGUACAGCCCCAGCACACGCCUGUUCAUCCCCACACAAACAGGGCUCAGUGCUGGUGUACUGCAAUCCCCCCCUGCCACCCUGACCCUCCCCCUCAGGGCUUUGCAGCAGUACAGCUCGGGGGGCACCGCAGCGCAGCGUUGCGCCACAGGGCAG